GUAUUAAAGAACCUCGGCUGAAUCAGUUCAAUGCGGGCAUCAGCUUGAAAAGCAGAACAAUAAACAUGACGUCUCGUCCGUUGAUAACACUUUUCGACAUUCCAAGUAUAACACGAAAAUCAUGGUCUCCAAAUGUCUGGAAAGCCCGUCUCGUCCUCAAUUACAAAGAAUUGCCGUAUACCACUGAAUGGCUUGACUUUUCCAACCUCAGUUCCCAUAUUCAGCCCCAUGUGAAACCCAAUGAGCCUCCUUUGAGCCCGCAUACCAUACCCUGCAUUCUGCUACAGGAGGGCCAGACCAUGAAGGGUAUCGUGGGAUCAAAAUCUAUUGCCGAGGUCUUAGAGAAGAACUUCAGCACGCCGUCACUUCAGUUCAACUCAGAAGAUUCCGCUAGGGUCGAGGAACUUACAGAAAAGCUGCUGAUAAGCAGUCGACCGUUAUGGGCACAUUUAUUACCCAAGAAAGUUCUGGCGCCGUCAGAUCGACAAUAUUAUGCAGACACACGAGCAAAGAUAUUUGGAAUGAGCCUUGAUUCAUAUUAUAGCGAGCACGUCAGCCAGCAGCUUUGGUACCAGCUUGAUGCCAUGUGUCAUGAGAUUGGAGACGCGCUAGCUGAGACUCCAGGACCAUUCUUGAUGAAUUACCAUCCCUCUUACGCUGACUUUACUGUCGUUGCUCUCCUUCGAUUCUUCAGCUGUGUUGAUCAGACCAUGUCGGAUCACUUCUAUUCUGUUGAGCCGCAGCUUCUCAAGCUGUAUGAGGCAUGCGACCAGUGGCUUCAGCGCGAUUAUUAACCGACUUCUUUGCCUAUGUUUGAGGAAGGCUCCAACGAAGCUUUGGGACAAAGGUUCGGUCAAAGUAGGUACUAGAUACUCAGAUGUUUUUGCUCUCACAUAAAUGUCGUGAAUGGGUGCAGGAUGUAAACACCAACUCUCAUGAGUCCACCAUGUUCAAAACAGUGUGGCCAUCAUUUGGCGCUGGAGAUUGAGGAUAUGUACCUGUGAGCCGCUUCGAUAAGAUAAAAUCUACAGAUCAUUUUUCCUUUACCUUAAAUACCUUUAGGACUUGCUGCUUCAGCAGCUUAGUUGCCUUUAACAAUGGAUACGUCACAAAUCUUUCCAUA